UCGAUAUCUCCUUCUCUUUAGUUUCUUCCUCAGCUUAAUUCUCAUUAUAUCACAUCUGAAUUUAUGGAGAAUAUACAAAGGGUCCAAAUGAUCUCCCAGAGAGAAGCAGUUACACAACAACAUGUUACACAACAACAUGCUGAAAGUUAUCCAACAAGAGAAAUUCAAGUGAGCAAUCAAGACAACAAUGGUCCGAUCAGAACCAACAACAACAGCAACAAGAGAGAAUGUUUAGAAUUAAUGCUUGGUAGAACAUCUAGCAGCAGGGAAUCUAAAGAGUAUCAUCAAACAAAACCCACAUUCCACAAGAUCUUUACAUGCAACUUCUGCAUGAGGAAGUUCUAUAGCUCACAAGCAUUAGGUGGUCAUCAAAAUGCUCACAAGAGAGAAAGAGGAGUUGCUAGAAGGUAUCAUUCCCAUAAGCUAAUGAUGAUGAGUUUACCUUACAUUCAUACUACUCCAAGAACACUUGGUGUUAGUACUCACUCGAUGGUCGUGCAAAAUCCAAACAUAUCAGAUGGAAACACUGUUGGCCAUUUUAUUGAUGGGGAAGCCUCGUGUAGUGCGAUUACACAGCCGGCAAAGCAACACUCGACAACAACAACACAUACUGAUAUGAUAUGGCCUGGAAGUUUUCAUGUUGAUAAUCAUCAUCCACACCAAGUAGUGUUCUCAAAUGGUCAAUCAUCGUCAUCAUCAACCGAUGAUAAUCCACUUAAUUUGAAUCUCUGUCUUUGAUAACUUGCACGCUGUCGUGUGCCACAUCGUCAAAAAGUCGCUUGUUUCAGUUAAAUGAUGGUUGGCCCUUGAUAGUUUCCAAGCGUCAA